AUGCGGGAUAGUCGAGUGUCGAAUUUGGAGAAGCAGAUUGAGACCCUGACCGCUGCUCUCGAAGGACAGAAUCAGGGGACCUCGGCCACGUCACCAACACACGAUCUCGGGCUUGCGAAUUCCAAGCCCUCUCCCGCCGUGCUUACACCAGAAUCGCCUGCGGCUCAAGCGGGUGAACAUGAAGGGGCCAUGAACCACCCUUGCCUCAGCCAGCAUCAGAGGCCUCCUCGCCAGGCUGCAAGUGCUGGAGCGCUGCCCGGUCCCAUAUAUGGAUUGACCUGGCCGCAGUCAGAUCGUAUCUUGUCCUUGUUCCGAGACAAGUAUAUUCAGACGUUUCCUUUUUUGGUGCUGGACGAGCGGAUGAGCGCGAGCCAGAUGUAUGCCGAGAAGCCAUUUCUGUUCCGGGUCAUUAUGCUGGCGGCGGCGCCGUUGCCAAUUCCAAGGAUGGUCAAGAUAAAGAGGAACGUGCUGGCUUACUUGGGACAACACAUGCUGGUCGAGGAGGAGCGCCAGCUGGAUCUGCUCCAGGGACUGUUGGUUUGCAUAUCAUGGGCGGACCUACGAACUCUGUUUGACGAGCAAAUCACCAAUUUGACCUAUCUGGCGCUGGGGUACGCGCACAACCUGGGCAUCACCAAGAUCCCGCCUUCGCUUUUGCAGCAAAUCGGCAUGGACGAUGCGCCGGAGGACUUGCGCCAGACGAAGAGGGACCUUAUCCCGGCCAAGAUGCAUUCAAUCGAAGAGCAACGAACCUUUUUGGGAUGCUACUGUCUCUUAUCGGUCAACUCGACACUGUUUGGACGGCAAAACCCCCUGAGAAGCCAGUACGUAGACCUCUGCUGCGAGUCGCUCAAGCGCGCGCGCGAACACCCCUCGGACACGUUCCUCGAGCACAACGUGCGCCUGGUGCAGAUGGGCGAGAAGAUAUCCGAGGCGUUUGGCGCGGCCAACGACCGCGAGCGAGGCAAGCCGUACCUCUUCCUGCUCGACGACCAGUCGCGCGGGUUCCGCGAGGAGCUGGACGCGCUGAUGCAGUCGCUGGACCGGCAGCAGCUCCUCGACCGCGCGGCGUACGCGCACCGCGUGCCCGCCGGCGAGUUCGACGACUGGGAGCGCUUCUUCACCCUGCACUACAACUACCUCCUCGUGCGGCUCUACGAGCCCGCCACGUUCCUGCACGAGAUCCCCGAGGAGGGCGGCGCCCCGUCGACGUACCGCGCGCAGUGCCUGCGCAACUGCCUCUUCGCCGCCAAGGCCUACUUCGACGUGCUCUUCACGCUGCCGCCCUCGCAGUACGUCUACCAGUCCAUCACGUUCACGGAGCAGAUCACGUUUGUGCUCGUCAUCACCACGCGCCUGCUGCUGCUCGAGACGAGCGACUGGGACGUGCACUUUGCCCGCGUGACGGUCGACUUCUUGUCCGUCGUGGACCGCCUCGUGCAGCGCCUCGACGCCUCCGAGGCGGAGCGCGUCCGCGCCGUCGGCAGGUUCGUCGCCGAGAUGGGCGUCGACGCCACGCCCGCCGAGGUCGCUGCCGAGGGGCGCGUCGCCGACAUUGCCAGGAAGAUGCGCUGGAUCAGGACCUGGUUCGAGAAGAGGGCCGACAAGGACGGCGUCGGCGCCAGCCAGGUGCCGCAGGAGUGGCCGGUCGAGGAGCUGGAGAAUAGGGGCGCGAGGGCGUUUGGCAUGGGCGCAAACGGGCCCGUCUGGUUCACGGGGCUGCUGUCCAACUCGGCGUGGAACUUUGACGACCUGGAGCUGGGGUGA